AUGGCAAGACUCACUGCCGAUACCGACUACGAUGCCGGCAAACGUCUGGGAUUGCAACAAGUCGGCGGCCAAACGCUGGAAGUUAUGAUAACUACUAUAGCAGAUGACUUCAAACAGGGUUUCUCCAACUUAGUCACCUUGACAACACAAACAAGUUGCUGUACCGAGGUGAGACCACUCGAUACAUCGAAGGGAGACUGCGACCAAAGCAGAGGCCACAAGAUCAUGGUCUUCAUAUCUGGGAAAAAAUCAACCUAUAAGUCUUUAAGGGGAUUGAAAAAUAUAGAAGUUAAGAGUACAUAUACAAAAUCGGUUGGUAAAUUGUGUAAGUAA